AGCUUGUAUUAGAUUAUAUCAUGAAUAUAUAUUUGUGAAUAAAUUUACAAUAACUGUUGCCUCAGCCAACUUUUGGAUGGAAAUAAGAAACAUCGACGAUAUGAAAAAUCCCGAAACAGAUUACGAAGAGGUGGAGAUCAAAGAGACCGAAGGAGAGAAGAAAUCACCCCCCAAUUUAAUGCGCAGAAAAACGUGGCCGAGGCUAUUGCUCUGCAUAAGCGAUAUUAUUUACUGGAACGACGGGGAGGCUUCGAAAAUCGGGGAAGGAUUUUUCUCAGAUGUUUACAAGUUUUGUCAUCGGCCGACGGGGCACACUGUAGUAGUGAAAGCCUCCAAGCAACAUGACGAAUGCGAGACAGAUCAGGCCGUCAUGCUGAAAGAAAUCAAAGUAUUAAAGAAGUUGCAGCAUGAGAAUAUAAUCAAGUACCUCGGCCUUUGUGCGAAAGAUGGGAGAUUUCAUCCGGUGUUAGAGUUUAUAAACGGCGGAGCAUUGGACGAACUAUUAUUAGAUUACAAUAUCGCCCUCUCGUGGUCGGAAAAGCUCGGAUUUUGUCGGGAUGUUGCGAAAGGAAUGAAGUACCUUCACACAAACCAUGUAUUUCAUCGGGACUUGAAAUCAGCUAAUUGUCUUGUCCGCCACGGAGAGUCGGGAUCUCGCACUGUUGUCGUCGCGGACUUCGGCUUAGCUCGUGAGGUCACGGGAGACACAAAAACACCAAGAAAAAUGUCAAUGGUGGGGACGGCGUUCUGGAUGGCACCUGAAAUGCUUAACGGGAAAUUGUAUAACAGUAAGGCAGACGUGUUCUCAUACGGCAUUCUGGCAUGUGAGAUAAUGGCUCGUGUGAUUUCGGACCCCGAAGAUUUACCUCGGACGUCCAACUUCGGACUGGACGUUGAAAAACUUCGGGAGAAAUGUCCGAACUGCCCGAAAGAGUUGAUGGAUUUAGUAAAAGAAUGCACAGAGGUUCACAAUCCGCUCCUUCGGCCCGAAUUUGACGAAAUUGUCGACUCGCUUGAAGACAUCGAAUCUUCUCACGACACGGCAGAUUAUGACGUCAUUGAAGAAAUUUUAUCGAGCAUCGAGGAAGAUAUGGUGACACCACAAUGCAUAUGCAAGAACCAAUCGGUUGUCUCGCACAAGGACACACCCAUUUUACCUCAAAGGCAUUCCGGGCUCAGCGACGACUCGGGGUUCGGCGAAUCCGACGAGGGUAGUAGAAAAUUGAAAAUUUGUUUAGAUUGUCAAGAAGACGAUACCAAUAAUAACACUGUGGGACAAAAUACGCAAGAAUUUUUACACUCCCCACCCCCCAAGAAAAACACUAGCUUGUCUAGAAAGAAAGUCAGUUUUAAAUUCGUUUCCUCGAUUUUGACUGGUCGACGAAGAUUUAGAGAUGACGUCAUACACGAGGAUAUUGCCCCGUCGAAAGAUAUGUCGUUAAGGCGGAGUGCCAGCCUACCGGAACUAAAGACGGAAGUAACAAAACCCAGGUCAAGAGCUCAUACUAUGAGUACUAAGCUUUCGAGACCAAAAAGUAUGUUUUGUAACAAAAAAGACGAUUUUUCUUGAAUUUUUUACGUGUUUUCGGAUUUUCUAUCAGAACGAAGCUUUCAACCAGAGGUUUACAACCAGGGUGUUCCACCAUUACGGGCCGAAGGUUAAGCAAAUUUACGAUCAAAUCCGGAGUCUACAUUAUCAUAUGCAUACCUGUAUUGAUUAAAUAUAAUUGGUGCUCCCGUAGUAUGUCACCAAAAUGGCGCACAACCUUAACAUAGUAUGUGUACCAGGUUAGUGUUAUCAGGUUGUGCGCCAUCAUGGUACACAUACUACGGGAGCGCCAUAUAAUCUAAUGCCUAUUAGAUUCGCGCUAUUAUUAAAGUGCUAUCAUUUUAUUUUACCAUUAUUCGGUUUACUUUUAUAUAUAUAUUUAUAGGUUAAACAAGCCAAAAAAUGGAAGAAUAAUAAUUUGGCAACCGGGUUUGCCUAGGUUUUCCUCGUAUGGCGAACCAAGGCCUCUCGUCGGUUACCAGUCCAUGUCGGAUAUGAGAUUAGUCAGUCAUUUGUUUCGACCCGUAUUAUAUUAUGUAAAUUAUAAAGACCAUUUUGUUUUGCCAUUGAGGUGAGGUUUGCCCUCAUAUAUAUUUAUAAAUAAUACAAUUCUUCUGUCUGUAAAACAAAGCCCAAAAGAGUUUGCUCAAGUUUCUCAAUAUUUUUUAUGAGAAUAAACGAAUUUAUUUGCA